UCUGGCGCUGUCGUCAGACGUUCACCGGCUUUGGUGCAGGAACGAGCCUGUCCGCAGGAAGGGUGCAGCGGCAGUUGUGUAAACAGCUCCUUGCUCAGCAAAGAGCACUGCCUGAAGCGGGUCCACCAUGCCGUUAGUAACGAGGAACAUCGAGCCAAGGCACCUGUGCCGUCAGACGUUGCCUAGCGUUAGAAGCGAGCUGGAAUGCAUGACCAACAUCACCCUGGCAAAUGUCAUCCGACAGCUGGGCAGCCUGAGUAAAUUUGCAGAGGACAUUUUUGGAGAGCUCUUUACCCAGGCCAACACCUUUGCCUCUCGGGUGAGCACUCUGGUCGAGAGAGUUGACCGCUUGCAAGUCAAAGUCACUCAACUGGAUCCCAAAGAGGAAGAAGUGUCCUUACAAGGCAUUAACACGAGGAAGGCCUUCAAAAGCUCUACCACUCAGGACCAGAAGCUGUUUGACAGAGAAUCUCUCCCAGUUCCUGUCCUUGAAACCUACAGCACCUGCAAUACUCCUCCACCACUCAACAUCCUCUCGCCUUACAGAGAGGAUGGCAAAGAAGCACUUAAGUUCUACACCGACCCUUCAUACUUCUUUGACCUUUGGAAGGAGAAAAUGCUGCAGGACACCAAGGAUAUCAUGAAAGAGAAGCGGAAGCACAGGAAAGAGAAGAGGGAGAAUCCCAACCGAGGGAACAUUAAUCCCCGGAAGAUCAAGACCCGGAAGGAAGAGUGGGAGAAGCUGAAAAUGGGCCAAGAGUUCGUUGAGUCCAAGGAUAAACAUGGGCCUGCUGGGUACCCCUCCAACAUGGUGUAUCAGAACGGCAGCAUCGGCUCCAACGAUAGCAUGGAUGUAAACUGCUAUCCUCCGCCGCCACCGUCGGACUCCAUCAUGCCUCCACCUCCCUCGUUCCCAGAUGAUAGUCUGCCUCCACCACCAGUGGAAUUUAGCUACCCAGUAGACAACCAAAGAGGUUCUGGCUCUGGAGGGCUGAAGAGAUCCAGCCUAGUUAGUCCAAGCCACCCUCCACCAGCUCCUCCAACUGGAUCCCCUCCAGGAGCCAGGCCAGGCUUCGCUCCCCCUCCAGCUCCUCCUCCCACAGCAGACUAUGCUGCUGUGCCUCUGCCUCUGCUACCUCAGCAAAUUGGCGGUGCGCCACCACCUCCCCCACCCCCGCCACCUCCCGGCCCCCCUCCUUUGUCUGCAGGUGGCAUGAAUGGCCCGGCAGCUUCGCCUCCACCUUUGGACUCAUCAGCCUCCAAGCCAAAAUCCUCCUUGCCCGCGGUCAGCGAUGCCCGGAGCGAUUUGCUGUCAGCCAUUCGUCAAGGCUUCCAGCUCCGCAAAGUGGAGGAGCAGCAGGAACAGGAGAAGCGGGAUGUCGUGGGGAACGACGUGGCGACAAUCCUUUCGCGCCGCAUUGCUGUAGAAUACAGUGACUCUGAGGAUGAUUCUUCGGAGUUUGAUGAGGAUGACUGGUCAGAUUAACCAUAGCUCCACUCUCCACCCUCCAAGCUGGUUUAGCCCCUUCCUAAAGAAUCAAGUACUUAACCAGGUUGCCAAAACCUUUUUAGCCUUUCCUCUUUCAUCCAGUAACCAAAGAUAUGCCAAGGACCCUUGGCUUUGGCAGGACUUGUAAUUCACCUUUCUGCAAGGUCUCCUCAGGGACACCAAAGAUUGCAAUGUUGUUUGCCAGCAGGAGGGGACAUGGUGGCUUUGAAAGCAAACCUGAACUGCCAGAUUGUCGGUGCCGCAGAGAAAGCCAGCUCAGAGAGCCUGCGCGUUGUGGGGCUCUGUUUCCUAGUAAAAAUCAGACCUAUGAUAGACAAAAUCAGACUUAUUACAGAGCUGUUGGACUUUGCAAAAAAAAAAAAAAAUUCAGUCAGUUUUCUCACUGCAGCAACAUGAGGGAAGUAGUGGACAUAAUUGGUUCUCCCUCCUCAAUUAAUGCUACAGGGAAAUAGUAAUGUCCCUUCUGUAGUGCAACCCAUUGCUAAAUAACGUUUUUGGCAAUUAGCACCGUUAUCCCAGGGUUUCCAAGCUAACUCAAGUUAAGCUGCCUGCCUCAUCGUGGGAUGGCAGGGUGCACCAGAUGGAAAUGUCAGCGCUAGGUUUUCUUUAAGAGCUGCCUCUCCCCCCCAGCACUGCCCUGAAGAUCCUUUAUUGUGCCUCUGAAUCUGUCAGCAGAGUCUGAGUUAAAAGGCUGGAGCCUGAGCAGUCUGCUCAGCUGGCUGCCUCCUCCUGGCUGAGCAGAGGUGUUACCAGACCAAGCAGUUCCCCUGUCACAUCUGGAGCGCUGACAAAACUGGCCUUGCUAGGCACCACACGAUCUGUUGUGCCAGGAGGGCUUUAUUGGUUAUCUAGUCAGCUCUACAAUGUGUCCAGUACAGGGAGGUGGAACUGGUGAUACUGGGAGGGGCAGGGUGCUCUGGGUGCAAUACAGGCUUUGAGCACAUUGGGCAUUCAGCGUGAUUACAGCUAACUUACAGCCAGGGCUCGAGUGCGAUGUCUUCACAUCUCAUUCAGCCUGCUUAGAGCAGCACGUUGGUCAGGUUGAUUAAGGGUGCUUUUCCGUGAGGUCGAUAGCGCACUUUAUGCAGGAACGUGAGCCACCGAAAAGCCAGUAUUUAACCUGUGCUGCUGUCUCCUACCCUGAGAAAAAGGAUUUCAUAUUGCAUAAAGGUGUCUUGUCUGCAAACCAAGUCAGCCAGUAGUGACAUUAGACCUAACCCAUGUUGUUGGUUUUCCAUCGCUUCACAUCCGUAUUUCACUAGCGUAAUUCUCAGUAAAUGUUCUUAACGACUCCUUUCCCGGAUAAGGGUACAAAUUCCUGACCAGAGGUGCAUCCCAGGGAACUGGGGAGCUUGGAUUACCUGACUUCACUUAGAUACCUUUAUUGCCUUUUUUUUUUUUUUUAAUUGAGCAGAAGUAUCUCCAGAGCAGAGAGACCAGAAUUCCUUUGGGAAGCAGGUGCAUUUUCCAUCCCUUGCUUGGUCCCAACUAGCCAAGUCUGUCGGUGUGCUAUAAAGGAGCAGUUCUGAAGUCUCUCUGGGAGACUGCGGUCCCUGCCCUGCCCCUUCUAAAGGACUCUGACAACAUGUGCCUGCCCUGCCCUUCCCUUCCAUCUGUGGCGUGCCUUCUCACUGCUUUCAGGUAUUGAAGCAAGGAUGCUGCUGAUACGUGGGAACCAGCUUGACGUUCCUGUGUUGCCAAAGCUCCCUUCUCGAGCUUCAUUGCUUUUUAUAACAUUUAAAUUCUUGCGUUUCUGAGUGCCUUUCUCUCUCUCCCUGUUUAAUAACCAACUGUCGCAGCUCUUAGGUUCUUCUAGAGGACCAAGGGACCAAGCUAAUGAAGGCGCUUGUUGUCAAGUUCCAGUUUGACCAUAAACACCAGUGAAACUAAUUUAUUGGGCCUCUGCAUCGAUGCAUUUUAGCAACAAGGCCAGAGCAUAAACCAGAAUCCUCAAAGGAUGUGGGCAGUGAUGCUUACACGACUUCCCAGUGGGGCCUGCAUUAGUUUCAGUUUUGGAAAAGGGAACAAAUCUUCCCAUGUCCAAGUGCAUCACAGUGUUCUGGGAACCAAAAGCGCACAAAGCCCAGCUUGGGUUUGAGAGCUGCCUUGGCUAAGCCCAUGCCCUUGUGAAGAGGGAACUAGCACUCCCUUCACAUUGGGCAGGAAAGGUGCGGUCUCCAUCGUGACUGGUGAUGGGCAGUGCCUCUGUGCGCAGCUGGCUCGUGGGGAGGGUGCGGUUAGACCGUUCAGGGACCUGCCCCCCAGCUCUGCCCACCGUUCUCCACGCCCAUGCCAUGGAGUUUUCGAUCCUUUUGUCAUUGUGCAGACAGAAGCAGCGGCUCCCAUCAAGGAGGGAGAAACGCUUGUAUUCUUGCCAGCCUAGCUGAAAAGCAAUUGUGCUUCAAAAGCACUAAGUCCUUCAGACUGCAUCUCCAGUGGGGGCUGUGGACAGGUGCUAGGGGUGCCUAACCACCCUCUCCCCACAUCUGCAGAUGUGGGUGAUACCACAAUUACUGCUAAGUACUGCUGAUCUCAACUGCUCAGCAGCCCGUUGGGGGAAGCGCAGAGCCGUGGGUAGCCAGGUAGGUUCUGAGCAAUCCUUAAAGUAGUGGUGGGGAAGGGAAAUAGGUGCCAAGAACAGCCUCCGCAGGGUGGUUGUACUCUAAUUAGAAGCCUGCUGACCCAUUUGUAGCAACGCCGCGGCGAUUGGCUGAGCGGCUGCCCGACCUCUUUGCUAACCUCGCCGCGUGCGCUGCGCCUGUCGCAGCGGCCAACAGCACAGCCGAGGGAGCGCCCAGCAGCUAACGGAUCCGGAGAGGGGAGCAGGAGGCACUUGAAAGGGCUGUCCAGAGCCGCCCUCGGGGGAGACAGGAACAGAAGCAGAAGAUGCUGGGCUCCCGGGGAGAUGCCAGCCCAGUGCAGCCUGGGACCGAUGUGCCAUCGGCUCUCUUGCCUUGCAGUGAGCGUCUAGGCCGGUCACGGUGUCUGUCCUUUCGAAGCAGCGUGAUGCUGGUUAGCGGUUAGACAGUCUCACUGUGUUCUCAGCUGCAGUGCUUGGCUGCUUCUUGCUGCGCUCCCCCCUCCCUGCACUCGCACAUGGGGAAUGCCUGGUCCCCGUUUCCAGGGCUCAUCUGCAGUCGCUGACCUUCACUGGUCUCCCCUCUCCUUAUCAGUCAUAGUGCACCAGACCAAAUCCAGGGAAACGGCUCCUGGCGAGUCCCAGAUGGCCAUGGAGCUGCAGGAAGUCUGAUUUCAGAAGGAAGAGAUUUGCAGUCCAUGGACAUGUUCAGUGUGCUGGCUUGGAAAGAACCUGCCCUUGAAGGGCGCUGGGCCUGGCUUUGGCCAGGGGCAGAGGCAUGUCCUCCCACAUCCCUCUCAGCUGCCCGGGGUCCGGUUUUCCACCUGUGUUUUCUCCACAAAGCCUUCAAGGGGGACGUGGAUCAGAUUGUAUUGCUGUAUUAACUUUAGUCAUUUUAAUGCAUUUCAGAAACUUAACUGAUUUUUUUUUUCCUGACUAGAAUGACGUAGAACUAGAAGAGCCAUAAUGCUCCCGAAGUGCCUUAUUUCCUAUAUGACAUAAAUAUAUUUAUCAGAGUAAUGAUUUCCACUUGUAUCGGUGGGGUCUGUCGGGCGACCGUGGUGGGACAGGGAGGAGACGCAGCAUGCUGCCCAACGAGCCGUGCCGCGAACGGGCCACGCUACAGCAUCCUCUGGGUGCUCAGCCCAAGGGAACGCACCCCCUCAGACCAAAGGGGUGCAGAGGAUUAAAAGCUCCCCUCUGACACCUCACCAGCAAAAUAUCGGGGUGGCCGCAUCCAGGCUUGGACUCCAGACCAAGGACUGUCUGCCUCCCACCCACCCCCACCAAGUGAGUAAUGACAGCCCUGAUCCUGGGGGCCUGUGCCUGUGUACAUCAGGAGGAAGGUCACCGGCUGCAAGCAUGCAGCUCCAGAUUUACACCCGUCUCCCCGAGUUCAGAGUCUGGCCCCGCCGUUCUUUCCUAACAGCGCCUGUCUCCGUGUUCCUCUUCCGGUUGUUGUUAAGCCAAGCUUUCGUACUUUUUUUAUAAUUGGUUCUGUCUCCCCAGGUUGAAGACCCCCCAUUGCAGAUUUUGUAAUGUACUUGUAAAAAAUACGAUAGUCUUUUUUUUAAAAUGUAGACUUAAAAAAAAAAAUUCUUGAUAAAAUCUUUCUAUCCAAUCAC